AUGGCGUCUUUCGGCGUGGGGCAGCAUCUGGUCCGCAGGCGCGGAGCCUCCAGGAGCUCCGCGGUGGAGAGGAGAAACCUGCUGACGGUGUGCAGGUUUUCCGUGAAGACUUUGCUGGACCGCUCUUGUUUUGAGACGAUAGAUGACUCAUUCCCAGAGUUCACAAAUUUUGUGUCCAUCUUGGAGCACAUCCUCAGUCAUCAACUGAAAGGUCAAACAACUUGGUUUGGCUAUGAAAGUCCUCGGAGUUUCUGGGAUUACAUUAAAGCUGCGUGCAGUAAAGUGCCCCAUAAUUGCAUUCGAAGCAUUGAGAGCAUGGAAAAUGUGCGACCGUCGAGAGCAAAGGGCAGGGCAUGGAUCAGAGUCGUUCUGAUGGAAAAACGGCUGUCUGAUUACAUCUCAUGUGCACUGAAGGACAUUAAAACCACCAGGAGGUUUUAUGAUGAGGGAGCCAUCAUACUGGGAGAGGAGGCAGGGUUGCUGGCAGAUACGCUCAUUGGACUCAACACAAUUGACUUCAGCUUCUGUCUGAAAGGUGAAGGUUUGGAUGGCAGCUGCCCUGCUGUGAUUGAUUACACACCCUACCUAAAGUUCACACAGAGCGCCGACAGCAUCAGCAGUGAUGAGGAGGAGAUGAGGACUCUGGGAAGCAGCGGCAGUGAGAGCAGCACUCCAGACAAAGCUGCCACCGCCGCAUCAAUCUUCACCGAGCAGAGCAAUUUGGUCAGCAAGUGCAAACGCUUUGAGCAGAAGUACCGCAUGGCCCUGGAGCAGAAGGGUUACUUGGAAGAACUGGUCCGUCUACGAGAGGCCCAGCUGUCGGAGGCUGUGUCCAAUAACAAGUCUCUUCAGCAGAGCUUGGCAGACGCACACCUCUGUCACACGCUGGAGAAAGAGCAGCUUGAAUACAUCAUUCUGGAGCUGCAGGACCAACUGACUGUGCUGAAGAACAAUGAUUUGCGUUCCAGACAAGAGUUAACUGCCCAUCUGACCAAUCAGUGGCCAUCUCCCGAUGUCUUGGAUGCCAAUGCUGUUGCUUUGGAUACACUGUUGUACAGGAAGAGCACAGGACAGUGGGUGGAGAAGAGUUUCCAGAGUCUGGAGCAGCUGUCUGCAGACAUGAGCCUCUCCCAGACAUCUCUCGGACCAUCGCAGACGCCGGGCCUCGAGGCCAGGCCGGCCGGCACACAAUGGCCUCAUCAAGGUAAGGAAGAAACCCCGUCACUGAGGGGACUUUGUGGUUCCCUGACCUCGGUUGCCAGCUAUAAGUCUUUGGCCAGCCUAAAGUCGAGCGAAUGUUUGGCCAGUCCUGCAACGGAGAUCAGCAGUCCAGGUUUCACACCCUCAUAG